AUGGCUUUUGCUGAGCGAGAAUCGUUUGCAGGGUUGAAAAUUGAUACGAUCUUUACGCGAAGCCAGUCUCCUACCCCCGUCCCCAACUAUCGCGAAAGCAAUGACAAGGAAAGGUGGGCGAAGGAGGGAAAUUCCGCCACGAGGCAGUGGCAAGAUGGAGAGCAAGAUGUGAUGGAUGAACUGCAUACGGAGACUCCGCCUAUGGCUGUUCCCCGUUCUGAUGACCACCAAUUUAAAUCUGACAUGAGCUAUUCACACAAACCCGAAGAAGCAUUCCCGUCGCCUUUUGAUGGCUUCCUUCGCGAACACAAAUCCCCGAUCGAUCACAAUUUGAAGGACAAGCUAGAUACAGGCUAUCCCGAUAAACACGAUAUUUCUCCCCGGGCCUUUGGUUCCCGAGAUACUGCCUAUGAUCAAUUGCAAUCACAGUUAUCGAAUUUGCGUACCAUGCAAGUUCAAGACGAGGAAGACCAUGGUUCGGAUGGACUACCUACUAAGCAGGAGCGCAGCAGGCAGCGCCCGUUCCCAGCUGGCACUGGGCUCUCUUUCAUCCCCAGGAGGAAUGACGAUCAGCCACCGGGUUUAGAUAUUGACCGGCCGACUUCCCUCACUUCAGUAUCUACGAUGUCUCCGUUGGAAGAGGUUCGCACGCCGUCCGAGUACCCUAGGGAAGGCUACCCCAAAGAAAGCAUAAAAGACGUGCUUCUCUCGCCACUAUCGUCGUCUCCGCUUGUACAUAGAGCAGCUUCUCUCGACGACCCUAACUUCUGGCCUAUGGGCGCUCCCGCAUCUUACGGAAACAAGGCCCGAAGUUACACAGUUGAGCCAAACAAUAGUUGGCGACGAGCAAUGCGCCAGCGUUCGCGGCGGUCAACAGGCUCAAGCGCCAAGUCGCCUGCCAGUACUUUCCUAUCCAUGUGGAGUUCUCCCGAAGAGACUAUGACUUCUCAACCAGACGACGAAGGUCAGAUGGUUGGAACGGAUUAUGUUAUUGGCAAACAGAUCGGACAUGGUGGUUUUAGUACUGUGAAAGAAGCUUAUAAAGUCGAAAAGAGUGGGAAUACGCGUCGGCUCGCAGUGAAGAUUGUAAAGAAGCUCAUUUCUGGCAGGAGUGAACGCGAAAAUGAUCAGGUUCAAGCUGAAUUUGAUCAUGAAGUUCGUAUCUGGCGACAGCUAAACUACAAUCAUAUACUCUCCCUCGAAGCAGUAUAUGAAACCGACUACGCCACUUUUUGUUUCACCAAGUUCGCUAUCGGCGGAACGCUCUUUGACUUGAUCAAAGUAAACCGUCGCGGCUUGGACGUGAACCUGGCGAAAAAAUAUUGCUUUGAGCUGGCCUCGGCAAUCCGUUAUUUACACCAGGACAUGCGAGUUGUCCAUCGCGAUAUCAAACUGGAGAAUUGUUUACUUGACCCUGUCAGGUCCGAGGAUGGAAGUGAGACAGCCAAGCUCGUCCUCUGUGACUUUGGCAUGGCAGAAUGGAUGACAACAGAUACCAACGAAGAGCCUUUGGACUCGUACGAUAACCCUGCCGACCGCCCUCCGCCACAAAACAUUGGCCCGAGUGGAUCUAGUACAAGUGUUGCAGGAAGUUUGGAAUACGCGUCGCCAGAGCUUCUCCUUUCAUCGACUGGAAUGGUAGACCCCGUUGUCGAUAUCUGGGCCUUUGGCGUUGUUGUCUACGCUACAGUUGUCGGCUCUCGUCCUUUCCAAAACAGUUUCGGGCCACGAACACAUUCCAAAAUUAUCAAAGGCGAAUGGGACGAGAGCGCGGUUCUCCCAGGGAGCUCGGACGAUAAGAACCGCCAUGAGAUUUUAGACUUGAUUCGCCACUGCCUAGAGAUGGACUUGAAUAGGCGAUGGACCAUUAGACAAAUACUGGACUGUGCUUGGUUCAGAGAAUUCUCUCAGGAAACCAAUGAGGCUUUGAAUGAAUCCACAUGGAGAUUCUAA